UAGACGCCUCUAAGUCGGCCUACACUUGCAUGUGGAUGAGCGGUGGACGGCUUUUUCUGUAGCGGUUCUCCGCCGAUGAUGCUGCAUGCCCUAGUGUUCCAGAAGGUCGUUGGCUUUCAGCGAUGGCCAGUGGCCAACCAGCCCGGUGUUUCGGCUUGCCUUGCCCUACCUGCCCGCGACCUGUAUGCCAAGCGAGAAAGCGUGGCUUCCAGCUCUUUUGCACUUGCGCUAUGCCUCUUUGGGCGAGCCAGAAGCCACGGGUGCCCCGUCCACCCCUGCCCUUGCCUUUGGCCCACGCCCACACCCACGCCCACUCCCAGGGCCUUGCCUUUUCCAAUCCUCCCACCGCCCACUUUUGCUUGCCCACACCUCUGCCCAGGUGUCUCUCCUCUCAUCCCCAAGUGUGAACCUCGGAUCUAUAAUUAGCAGCACCCAGAUCCAGCCUCAUAACCCUCGACGCCGCAAGUACCGGAGUAUCUUUCCUACCCUGGCUGCAAACAAAGAAGUUGACGUCGACGUUGAAAGCCACGGUUACUGUCCCAAGGCACAAAAAGUCAACCUCGCCCCCUCACUGCCAUCGCCGUGGCCUGUGGGUUCUCGAGAUUCAAGGCCAGCUCCAUCGACAAGAUCGCGACCUCAAGCCGCUGAGCUCAUCACGAAGAGCGCGAGCUCCUCCUCGACGAAGCUUAUCAUACCCCGUCGCCGCCGCCGCAACUGUGCUGUAGCGUUCCUCAACCACCUACUACCAACCAACUACGCCGCUCAGUCCCUCGCCGCCAGUCGUCCCAACGCCACUUGCCCCGUCUCGGUCGCCGACGACAGCGCUACAUCUCCCUAGCGGUUGCUGUCAUCCUCGCAACACUGAUCGCCCCCUCUCCAUCCCCCGCGAGCGCCUCCGCGCUUUCUCUCCGACCACUUUGAUCGCAUCUGCGACAAGAUGGGAAGAAGAAAGAUCGAAAUCAAGGCCAUUAAGGAUGACAGGAAUCGAUCUGUGUAAGAGGUUUUCUUUGUUUCCCCUCCGCAUCGCAACCUAACGCUAACCACUCGCCC